CGCUUGUCCGAGCAUGACGUAUCAGGCUUGUUAUAAAUGCAUGCCGGUGUCACUAGUGAACGGCAUAUCUUUAACGAGCUUCGUCACAGCAGGAACAUGGCUUGCAUCCCCGUCGUCCUUUUUAUCUUCUCUGUGGUGGUGACUUUGGAGUCGUCAUUUGCCGAGACCACAUGUCAAAGUUUGGGAGGCACCUGCAAAGGUCCACUCUGGUCAAACGUCCAAUGUGAGGGCCAGUCCAGGUUUCCAAUGGCCGGAUGUGGUGGGACCAAUGUAUGCUGCCUUCCGAAGCAAACCGUCCCACAAGCGCCUGUGCAGUCGACAUGUCAAGAUAAGGGAGGCACGUGCAAGGGCCCUAUUUGGUCCGGCGUCCAAUGUGAUGGUCCGCUGGAGUAUGGCAUCCCCGGAUGUACUACCAACGAGUGGUGUUGCGAGCCGGGGCCAAAACCGACCACUCCAGAACCAAACACGACCAUCACAAAGGAGAAAACGUGUGCCUCCGUCUGUGGGUCGUGCCAGAGCAUCCAGAUGGGUUGCCAGGGAUACGGUGUGCCGGACACAGCAGACUGUAACCUGCCUUCCCAGCGAUGCUGUGUUCGAGCCUGGAUUGGGCCAUGUCCUGGGAAAUAGAGGGACAACAUCAGAAUUGUAACAGACGCCGAAGAGGACUGUGUACCUUUCGAUAAUACAUAAUAAGAAUCUUU